AUGGCGAGGGACCUAGACGACGACGCGUACAUUGCAGAGCUGCUGAAAGAGGAUGCAAAGAAUGCGACGAAGAAAUACGAGCUCGUUGGCAUCGAUGCCUUCAAUCCGAGGAUGAAGUCUCGUGCACCUAGACCGAACAAGGGCUUCCUGCAACACCUCAUCCGACAGACUGACAGCCACAACUCUGCGCUCCUUGCUAAAGAGGCUGCCGAGUCUCGCGCCCGACUCAGGAUGAUGGAUCGGGAGAAACGACAGGCGGCAGGCCAAGGGGAUGCACGGGCGCCAGGCCGAUGCGAUGUCGAAAGCGCAGGCAACCAGGGACGAGGCAGAUGGUUCGACGACUCCGAUGUCUCGCCGGCAUCGCGACCGAAGCAGAGAUGGACACCGGCACAAGAGGAGACAUGA